UUUAAAACAAAUUAGCAAGACUUUGAACUUUCUGAUUAGCAACUUGUAUAACAGUCAAUAUUGAGCAGCCGUAUUGCAAAGUUGAAGCUCUCAUCUUUUGUUUCAAAUUUCCUUCCUUCACACAACAUCUUUUGUACCAUAUAUCUUUGCUAUCCUCCAGUACAAUAUCCCUGCUACCAUAUACAUAUAUCUAAUGGCUUCAACAAGUUCUCAAACUCCCGCUAGCUGGGACGUUUUCUUGAGCUUCCGUGGCAUAGACACUCGACUUGGUUUCACCAGUCAUUUAUACUCUGCCCUGGAUCACAAUGGUAUUUGGACUUUUAUGGAUGAUCCUGAGCUACGCUGUGGAGAAGUUAUCUCAGCUGCAUUGCUCAAAGCUAUUCAGGAAUCUAAAAUUUACAUUGUUGUCCUCUCUGUAAAUUAUGCUUCUUCGAGUUGGUGCCUUGACGAGCUGGUAGAGAUCCUUAAAUGUAACAAAACAAUGGAAAGAGCGGUUAUUCCUGUGUUUUUCAACAUUGAUCCAUCAGUAGUGCGAUACCAAAAUGGGAGAUUUGGAGAACAUUUUAAAAGGCAUGAAAUUAGAUAUGCGGAUGAAAUGGAAAGAGUGGAGAAUUGGCGCCUUGCACUAUGUCAACUUGCUCAAUAUUCAGGAAUACAUGUAGACGGUAAAAAGUCUGAAGCUGAUAUUGUCAAUGAUAUAGUUGAGGAGAGUCUACUACUUUUACACACAGAACCCACUGCUUUAGAUGUUGCCAAAUAUCCAGUUGGGUUGGAAUCCCGCGUUAACGACAUAACAGCAGCAUUGUUGAGCAGCGGCACAAAAGGUGUCAUUAAGAUCGGGAUAUAUGGUAUGGGUGGCGUAGGCAAAACAACUCUUGCCAAGGCACUUUUUAAUAAACUCUUGCUAGGAAGCUUUGAAGGAAGCUGCUUCCUCGAAAAUGUGAGGGAAAAUUCGGGGAAUAUAAAAGGCCUAGCGUCUUUACAACAACAACUCAUUAGCGAUGUUCUUAAAAUUAGUAAGGACGAAGUUAAAGUUAGCAGUGUUGACCAGGGAACUAAGCUGAUAGAACGAAGAAUCUGUUCAAGAAAAAUUUUGGUUGUUAUUGAUGACUUAGAGGACAAUAAGAAAUUUGAGUCACUUGUGAGACCAUUUGCUCCUGGGAGUGUAGUUAUAAUAACUACAAGGGAUGAAGAGAUACUUGAUGUAAUUGAAGUGGAAACUCAAUAUCGAUACAAGGUUAAUGAGAUGGGUGACGCUGAGGCAAAUACACUAUUUUUUAGACAUGCAUUUCGAGAUACUGAACCAAAUGAUACUUUAAGGAUAUUGUCUAAAGACAUUCUACAUCUUGCUGGAAGACUCCCCUUGGCUCUAGAGGUUUUCGGCUCGUACUUGUAUAAGAAACCCGAGGUUAAAUGGAAAUCUUACAUUGAGAGACUGCAGCGAGAUCCCGACAGCAGUAUCCAGCAAAGACUUAUAAUUAGCUUGGAUGCCUAUGGAUCAGAUGAUCCCCUGCUAAAGAAGAUGUUCCUUGACAUUGCUUGUCUAUUCAUUGGAAGGAAUAAAGAAAAUUUGGUUGAAAUAUUGAAUACUUACUAUCCCUACGCGGAUGAUAAAAUUAAUAUUCUUCAGAAAAGAAGUCUAUUAACGUUCAAUGACAAAAACGAAGUGCGAAUGCAUGAUCUGCUUCAGGAUACGGGAAAGAAAAUCGCGCGUAACAACUCUCCUGAUGAGCCUGGAAAGCAUAGUAGAUUAUGGGUACGAAAAGAGAUAUGCGAUCUGUUGGAGAAAGACAAGGGAACAGAAGCGAUUGAAGGUAUCUUGCUCAACCAUUUUGAACCCGAGCUUCCUAAACCCAAGCUGGAAGAUUUGCUCGAAUUAUUGGAAUCCGAGGAUGAUUUGCUCCGCUAUUUUGGACCCGAGCUUUCUAAACCCAAGCUGGAAGAAUCGUUUUCUACGAAAAGUUUAAGAAGAAUGACUAGAUUAAGAUUUUUUUUCUUGGACGGCAUUAAUCUUACUGGCAAGUUUAAACUGCCACUAGAAGAUUUGAGGUGGUUUUGUUGGAAUCAUUGUCCUUUAAAGUGUUUACCUUCUGAUUUUUGCCCCGAAAAACUUGUUAUUCUGGAGUUGCCGAAUAGCAAAUUGACAACAAUGUGGAAAGAAAAGAUGGUUUCGCAAAAAUUGUUUUUCACCCCAGAUUCUAGAGGACUACCGCGUCUCAUAAAUUUAAAAACUCUAAACAUGUCAUUUUCUGAAGAUUUAACUACCACCCCGGACUUCAGAAGACUACCGCAUCUUGAAAGUUUGAAUCUUGAGGGUUGUAAAAGUUUGAAGGAGGUCCAUAAAUCAAUUGGAAGUUUGGUGUGGCUUGUUUCCUUAAAUUUGAAGGAUUGUGUAAACGUAAGAAGUCUUCCAGAUACCAUCUGCGACUUGGGAGCUUUGGAAGUUCUAUGUAUUGAAAAAUGUACAGGGCUAAAAGCACUGCCAAGAGAAUUAGGGAAAAUCAAUUCCCUAAAAGAGCUCAAUGCUUCCAGAACAAGUUUUCCGAAAUUACCAGAUUCGAUCGGAGAUCUUAGUAAGCUUGUUAAGCUGGAAUUAUGGCGAAAUUUCAACGAAAAGAAACUUGAAUCUCUUCCAAACACCAUUUGCAACUUAAGAGCACUGGAAGUUUUGAAGGUUACUGUGAAAGCAUUGCCUGUUGAACUGGGGAAUAUUGAAUCUCUAAGAGAGCUCAUUACAUCGGGAAUAGCCAUUUCAAAAUUGCCAGACAGCAUUGGCAACCUGAGAUCAUUGGAAAUUCUUGAUAUAUUUUUUUCUCGUACUCUAGAGAGGUUACCUGAUCAACUGUGGAAGCUUACAAGGUUAUCGGAGCUAAGGGCAUAUGCAACUAUUUGUUUAGAGAAACUUCCUGACAUAGAAUCAGGCCAGACUUCAUUACCAUUGACAAAGUUGUCUUUAUAUCAUAGUAAUAUCACUGCCCUGCCAUCAGGUAUUAGUCAGCUCUCAAACCUAGAAGAUCUUGAUCUCGGCAGUUGUGGUCAUCUGUUGUCCAUAGCAGAACUUCCUCCUAAUCUGACGUACAUGUCUGUCGAUGACUGUACAUCUCUGAAAAGAUUAAAUCUAUCCAGUUUGAAACUGUUGCGGAAGUUGCACCUUCAAAAUUGCAGUGCUUUGACAAAGAUUUUAGGGCUGGAGGAACUCACUUCUUUAGUUUGGCUAAUUUGCCGCGGCUCUCCACUGACACAUACUUUAACAAAGCCAUUGUUCCAGAUGUACUCUGGUUUUGAGGAAAAAAUUGAUAUUUGGCUCGAGGCAGAAGAUUUUCCAGAUUGGAUUAUUCAAUCAAGUGUAGAAUGGUCAGCUGACGAUGACAUUUCAGAUGGAGACGCGUCAUCUUCUGUGAAUUUGCAACCAAACUUGUCACACAAUUACUUGGGGAUGAUUCUCUGCUUCGACCUGCAGGAUAAAGAUGCCUAUUAUUCUGUUACGACUUCUGCAAAUAAUAUAUUCGAGAGCCGUAUAUAUUCAUCAAGUAUAGUGAUAGUUCCAAGAUCAAUAUUAACAGUCACAGAUAGCGAUCAUAAAAUCCAAUUUGCAUCAAGAGUACGCAGACAUUGGAUUCAUCUCCUGUACAAAAAUGAAGACAAUUGCAUCACUGUCAAUGUUGCAGAUGAAAGAAACACCCCCUCGGCCAAUGAUACGGUUGAUAUGAGUAACGAUGAUCAUAGUGCAAGUGAGCUUGAGGAUGAUGAAGACGAAGACGAAGAUAAAGAGGACGGCAGAAUGCUGGAGCUUCAAAGAGAGGGCGAUGAUGGAAAUGAAACAGAAUAUGAAUCAUUUAGCAGUGACGAAGACUCAGAGGGUGAUCGAUAGGGAUGACAUGGAAUAUGAAUCAUUUAGCAGUGACGAAGACUCAGAGGGUGAUCGACAGGGAUGACAUGGAAUAUGAAUCAUUUAGUAGUGACGAAGACUCAGAGGGUGAUCGACAGGGAUGACACGGAAUAUGAAUCAUUUAGCAGUGACGAAGACAAAGAGGGUGAUGACAGGAAUGAUACGGAAUAUGAAUCAUUUAACGAGGAUAAUGAUGAUUUAUAGGUUCCUUUUAAAGUCUUGCAAAAUUUGCAAUCUUGAUUGCUGAUUAUAUCAGUGAUGGGUCUAAAGAUGAAAUGUCAUACUACCAGUCUAAUUUUGUGGAAUCUGCAACCUAUUUCAGUAGUUUUUGUUUUACUCA